ACAAGUUGUUUCCGGUGAGCAAAUGUGUGCCGCCAUCACCGGCGAACCUAAAAAAACUUCGUAGCUUCUUUACUAUGAGUAAUCUUUCUAAUCCUUCGACAUGGCUAACACCCAGUUUCCAACUAUUUCCCACACAUUUCUCAAACUAACACUUGCACUAAAAUCAUGCAAAACCACCUCCGAAAUUCAUCAACUUCAUUGCCACAUGAUCAAAAUAUCUCUCACCAAUCUUCCUUUUACUCUAAGCAAGCUUCUCGCUGCUUCAACCAUAGACAUGGAUUACGCAUCCACCAUUUUCAGUUAUACUCAAAAUCCCAAUCUUUUCAUGUUCAAUACAAUGCUUAGAGGCUAUUCCGUUAGCCCUUUUUCAAAUAAAGCUUUGCCUGUUUUUAAUCAACUCAGAAACCGUGGAAUUGGGCUUGAUCAGUUUUCGUUAAUCGCCGUUGUUAAAGCUUGUGGUAGAAGUUUGGAAGUUGGGUUUGGUAAAGGGGUUCAUGGGAUUGUAGUGAAGUCUGGGAAUGGGAUGUUUGUUGAUUUGAGUAAUACCCUUUUGCGGUUUUAUUGUGUUUGUAGAAGAAUUGAAGAUGCAUGUAAUGUGUUUGAUGAAUUUCCUGAGAGAAAUGAUUUGGUGACUUGGAAUAUUUUGAUGGGUGGGUGUGUUGUUGUUUCAAAGCAUUGUUUGGUUUUUGAGUUAUUCUCGAAGAUGUGUUGUGUUGGGAUUAAGGCUAGUGUGGCUACUAUGUUGAGUCUAUUGUGUGCGGCUGGUGAUGUAGGGAGCUUUGUUUUGGGGAAGUCUCUUCAUGGUUACUGUAUUAAAAUUGGGUUUGGUUGUAAUUUAAAUGUUGUUACUGCGUUGAUUGAUAUGUAUGCGAAAACGGGUCGUGUAUAUUUGGCACGAAAAGUUUUUGAUGGUCUUGUGGAAAAGGAUGUUGUUUUAUGGAACUGUUUGAUAAGAAUUUAUGCAAGGAAUUGUCUGGUUGAAGAAGCAGUGGUAUUACUGCAGAAAAUGAGAUAUGAAGGUGUGAGACCUAACUCGUCUACUUUCGUUGGACUGCUUUCAGUGUACCCUGCAUCCGGAUCUAUGCAGGGAGUUCGAUAUGUUACUAGUUUGAUUGAAGAGGAGAAGCUAGAACUGGAUGUGGUUCUUGGAACAGCUCUUGUUGAUGUGUAUGCGAAAUGCGGCUUUCUAGAUGAGGCCAUGGAAAUAUUUGAGAGGAUGGAAAAUAAAGAUGUGAAAUCAUGGACAGCUGUGAUUACGGGUCAUGGAAUUCAUGGGCAGCCAAUGAAAGCCAUAAGGCUUUGCAAUAGGAUGGAGAGUGAAAGGUUUAGACCAAAUGAAGUCACCUUUUUGGCGAUUCUUACUGCUUGUAGUCAUGGAGGACUUGUUACCGAGGGGAUUGAAUUUUUUAAGCGCAUGGUUCAGGAACAUGGCCUUUCACCACGGGUUGAGCAUUAUGGAUGCCUUAUUGAUCUCUUGGGUCGAGCAGGAAUGCUGCAUGAAGCAUUUGAGGUAAUCAAGUGCUUGCCCAUUAAGGGUGAUGCUACUUCAUGGCGCACACUGCUUUCUGCUUGCCGAGUCCAUGGAGAUGUUAAAUUGGGGGAAUGUGUGAGAGACGUGCUAAACAACUUUUACUCCACGCAUCCUACAGAUUCCCUCCUCAUUUCUAGCACUUAUGCAGUUGCUGGAAGAAUCUCGGAUCUUACAAGAAGGACGCAAACAAAUGUUACGUUAGGCAAUUAUGGGGUGCUCGAAACAGAGGGAGAAAACAUGUUAAAGGAGGCUGGAUUCAGCAGAGUUGAAAUUGAUAACUAGAGAUGAGAACACUGAAGGUUUAUGAAGAACUGUCCACUCCUCGCUCACUCUGAAAUGUCUCUCUCACCGAAUUUGAUUUCACUCUUUUAGGACUCAUCUUCAUUUCAGAUUGUUAGUUUGCGUGCUUACUUGGUUUCAAGAAAUGGACUCUAGUUUAAUCAAUCCAAGAAAUUUGAGCCGCAAGACAAGAGGAAAAAGAAAGAUAGAAGAAAGCAAUGUUGGGGAUAAAAAAGAGGAUGGAAGAGGUUACUUCACAUGGAAUUUGGACAUGGAGCGUGUUUUAGCUGAAACACUUAGACAUCAAAGAGGUUUGGGCCGCCAAAAUGGAGUACGGGAAACAGUGGCAUACAAUGUUCCAGCUGAUAUUUUGUCUACACGCUUCAAUGUUCAGCUUAAUGAAGAGGAUGUCAAAAACCACAUCAAACUUUGGCGAAGAUGGUAUAGGAUAGUUAGUGAUAUUCUCUGUCAAAGUGGGUUUGAUUGGGAUGACACAAAAUGCAUGAUUAUAGUCGAAGAUGAAAAUGCCUGGAAUGAAUAUGUCAAGUUGCAUGAAGAAGCCAAAAGAUUCUGAUUUAAGGUCAUUCCGAAUUGGAAUGACAUUGUAGAUAUAUGUGAGAAAGAUAGGGCAACUGGAGUUCAAGUAGAACAUGCAUUUGAUGUGGACGAUGUCAUGAGCAAAGAAGCAAGUGUAGAUGAAAAAGGUUCAACUUUAUAUAUUGAUUUAGAGGAACCAAGUUCCACAACAAAGAAAAUACAAUGUACUCAUGCUAAUAAAGAUAAACAUAAAGAGGGAAUGAUAAACGCUAUGAGAGAAGUGGCCAAGUCAUUGAAAGAUUUUGUGCAAGUUAGUAGAAAAAAGAUGGAAGGAUAUGCUCAAGAAGUGGUGCAGGAAGUGUUGAAUGAAACGAAGAUAAUUUUCGAUUCUGAUGAUGAUACUCUACGUUAUAAAGCAAUAAAUUGGUUGAUUGACAAUCCGAACAAACUUGCCGUUCUUAAAGCUCUUCCAUUGAGUGAGAAGAAGAAAUAUAUCUUUGCUUCUAUUUCUAUGUAUUUAGAUCAAGGUAGAGCUUUCUAACUUUAGAUUUUUGGUUUGUGCAGUAGAUGAAUGAAGGAUUGUAGUAUGAAAGCUUGAAUUGGACUCUGGAGUCAUAUUGUGUAUUUACCUCUGUUGUAAAAAUUACUACGAUGCAUAGUUUAUAUUUUAGUAUAAUAGUAGGUGCUCUUGCGGUAGAUAUUCGAUAUAUGUUUGUUUAUGUUAACGCUUUUUAUAAUACAUGAACAAUUGCUUAGACAACUGGUAAAAAAAACAAUCAUAUGGUAGGGACUAAAGAGAUGAGGGCUAAUUCAAAACAUUUCAGAACAUUGAGGAGAUGAAUGGUAUAGGGACGGACCUUUUAAAUAAUAGAAGAGAAACAAAGGAUUUUGAGCUAAGUUGAGCUGUAGGAUUUCAGUGUUUAUGUAUUGGUUUGCUUCUGUAUCACGUAGAAUGAUGAAACUGUGCUCUCAGACUUCUUCUUCAACUAAACUUAUAUUUAUUUCAAAUAAAGAAUUUCCCAAUUCAAAAUAUGAGUUAGAAAUGUUCAUUUUACUGAUUUACUUCAUGGCUUUCAUAUUGUUGUCUCUGUUUCGAUAUAAUA